UGAAAUAUUCCUCUUCUGGCAGCGGUCGUCAUUAGACAAUUACAAUGUAUUUCUUGUGCAUUACGUGUGCAUGUAUAAUGCAGAUCUGGGUGUAAUUACACCAAAGGAAGGCUCAUUAUUCUAUUAGUGCUGCCAUGCACCCAAGGUCUCCUUUAACUCCAUAUCUAACGGUGCAUUGAUACACCCAGGCGCGUGUUCACUGUCGCUUCCGUUCUACCGUCUUGGUGGCCCUUGUAUUUAUUUCCGCUAAUUUCUGCCCCUGCUGAUACAGUGCCCUUUUGUUAUCGCCUCAUUCCAGAUUAUACCGGCUCAUGUGCAUCCUUUAUGCUGCGUUCGUCGUGAAUGCCGGGAGAAAUAGGGGCGCGCUGUUUCACCACUUAAUUGCCGUUAUAAACUGUGCACUUUUUAUCCUAAUCCAGCUCAACGGGAAACAUUCGGACUAGUAAUUGUGGUUAUCGACACGGUAUUUAUCGGUUUGGAUCUUGUAUAUUUAUGCGCGGUAGCGUAUUCUUAAAGGGCACCGUGAUACGGCAUAUUCUGUUAACUCCUCUUUUUGAUUUCGCGAGACAAUUUCCCUUCAUCCUCCCAUUACGCCAUAUGACUUGAAGAUGCAUACCGGUAUUGUACCGGCAUAUCGCUUAUUACAGGCAUGAAAAGCCUGGCUCCUUUCUAAUUCGCUGCCUCGUCUCCGAUUUCUCGCGAUGAGCUCAGCACAUGAUCUUCCGACUAGCUCUAAUUCCAGCUAUCCAUAAUUAAAAAGCUUUUUCUCCGCCGUUAACGGAUAUUGCAUUAGGGAACCUGAACAAUGUGCCGGUCUUUAUGGAAACAUAUUGAUCCAUCGCGACGCAGGGCUCAUAACGGAUUUGCUAAGAAGAUUAACGGGCUUCUCGAGCGCUCUCUUUCCUGCAUACCUGUGUACCCGCCUCCGUGUGACAUAUCCACGCCGCAUAACGGGAAUUUGUAAUAAUCCAAUUUAUCCGAAGCCGUCGCUCAUAUCCCCGGCUGUCUUGUGUUUCCGAUAUACGCCAGAUCAUCAUGUCCUGAUUAAUUACCCUAAAUGCACUUCUGCGCAGCGUCGUUUGCAAAUGUUCUUCUUUGUUUAAAUGGACUACAUCCAUGGUUUUAGCAUUUGACACGAUAAUGGACAGUUUUGCCACCAAUACCACUUUAUCCGAUAACUUUACUAGCAAACUCAAGAUAUCGCACACCAAUUUACCAUACGUGGUAACCGCCGCAUUCCAGCUGAUUAUCGUCACCCUAGCUUUUGCGACCAAUGUCCUCCUAAUCUUCGUGUACGCCCGAUCAUCCCAGCUCUACACCGCUUUUAACAUUUAUCUCCUAUGCUUGUCUAUCGCCGAUCUACUGAAAGUCACCUUAGGCAGCCCCUUGAGCAUCAUCGUCGGGAUCGCCGGGGGAAUAUGGCCGUUCUCCUUAAACCUCUGUUAUUUAUUCUUAUACACCAACUGGACAUUUUCCGCACUGGUCUCGGCCAACUACAUGAUCCUGGCCAUGAACCGCUUCUGGGCGCUAAUGUUUCCCACCCAUUUCAAAGCCCAUCACACCCAUGCGGUGGCCGUGGGCUUCUGCAUCCUGACGGUGCUGGCCGCCCAUGGUGUGGCCAUACCGGCAUUGGUGCAGGCGGUGUCCGAGAAGCAGUGCUAUGCCAAUAAUGCCACGCAAGUGAUGUGGUGUGUGCACGUCAUCUUCUGCUUGACUGUGGCAUUCUGCGGAGUGGUUUAUCCCAUGGUGGGCUAUGUGGUCUGGGAGCGACGCCGAUUGGUCCGGCCGAAGCGCGAUCUUCAGACGACCUUGGCCAUGACGUCGCACACGCAUGAAGCGCUGGAACAAACAUUCGGCAAGGAGUCGGUUAUUGAUUUUCCAUCGGUAAUUAUGGGAAACCAUGCGGAAAACUACAGCUACUGGGCGCACGUUACCUCCGGUGUCAGCACCUCCACAUCCACACAGCCAACACGCCGCUCACCGCCGCAGUAUCCGCGCAAAUCGCGACGCUGCGCCGUUAAGGCGCAUUUCAAUGUUUUCUCCACCCUAACAGCGGGCGUCCUGACCUUCUGGACACCGUUGGCGGUGUAUCUGACGGUGAACUACUUUACUGAUUACACCGAUCCACUGGCGUACGCGUUUGUUUUAACCCUACAGUAUGUGACCUCCGUCAUGAAUCCCGUCCUGUACGUGGUCACCAAGCGGGAAUGGCGCACGGCAUUUAGAAAAAUUAUGGGUCAUAAAUGAUAAAGAUUUGCCUUUGUGUUUACAUGGUGCAUUGCUUGCAUGUUGCCUACAAAAUUUCUUGAAUGAUACAGAAUUUCUUUUGCAGUUUCUAUAAAGCCAACUGAUGCCACUGAUGGUUGUGUUUUAUUUUUCACAGAGCCGCAGUAUUAUUGUAUUAAAUGCCGAUAU